UUGAUGUGAGAAGUGUUGCCAUAAACGACGCGUUCAGCCAAUGCUGCGAUCUUUGACUUCCUUUUCCGUGAUUUGAGAGAAACCGAAGAAAUGGGUAGAGUCAGGACUAAGACCAUUAAGAAGGCCUCGAAGGUUAUCAUCGAGAAGUACUACACGAGACUAACCCUCGACUUCGACACCAACAAAAGGAUUUGUGAGGAGAUAGCGAUCAUACCAUCGAAGCGUCUUCGCAACCAAAUCGCUGGAUUCGUCACUCAUCUCAUGAAACGGAUCCAAAGGGCGCCCAUUAGAGGCAUUUCCAUCAAACUGCAAGAGGAGGAGCGCGAGAGAAGGGAUAACUACGUGCCUGAGGUAUCGGCCAUUGAUAUGGAUGUCAUAGAAGUAGAUCCCGACUCAUUCCUCAUGCUUAAGGAGAUGUCAAUGGAUAAGAUAUCAGGCUUACAGCAAACCAAUCCAACGGUUCCCUUCCGAGGGACGGGUCGUCUUUAAGAUAUGAUUUGAUUUGAAUUUAUUAUAAAUGGAUAAUAAAAUGUUUGAUUGACUACUAA